AUGAGAUCCAUCUCAGAAUGGUCAGGUAGUCAUACUAACUGGCUGUCAACCCAGAUCUAUGGCUAUGAAGACCCGGGAACUGCUAUCGGAUGGAAUAUCUCAACCACCCGACAGCAGCUGAUUUCGUCUUUGAUGACUCUGGGCGCCUUCAUAAGCUCUAGUCUCGCAGGGUUCGUCGCUACAAAACUCGGAAGAAAGAUGUGUCUUCGGCUGGCCUGCAUACUAUGCGCUAUUGCCAAUAUCAUCAUGAUGACUACGACAGAUAUUGGGCCUCUUUAUCUUGGUCGUCUUCUUAUCGGUCUAGCUAACGGCUACUUCAUGACGUUUUCACAACUUUAUAUCCAAGAGAGUAGUCCAGCUAAGUACCGAGGUCUGUUCUUGACGGCUUUCCAUCUUUGCACGACUUUCGGUACUCUGAUUGGUACAAUCAUCGACUGGACAACAGCCAAGCGCCCAGACCGCUCAGCGUAUCUGAUCCCUCUUGGUAUCAUCUACGUGGUGCCUGUGUUCAUCUUCCUCGCACUAUGGUUUGUUCCUGAGUCUCCACGGUGGCUCAUCCUUCAAGGCCGCUACGAGGAAGGUCUCAGGUCGUUGAAAUGGUUAAGGCCUGUUCAUGCCAAUGUCGAUGGUGAGUUAUUAGAGAUUCGACAGGCUAUCGAUAGAGAACAAGCCUUAGCUAGUAGUGUUGAGGUGCUGGAUAUGUUCAGCAACCCAGUCGACAGAAGACGCACUGUUCUAUCUGUCUGCGCCAUCUUACUCCAAGCUGCCUCAGGUUCGAUGUUCAUUAUUGCUUUUAAAGCCUACUUCUUCGCUAUGGCCAAAGUCCAGGACCCUUUUGCGAUGAGCAACGUUCUGAGUACAGCGGGAAUGCUUGCUACUAUCUUCAACGCUUUUAUCGUUGUGAGAUACGGGCGGCGAAGAGUUCUUCUAAUCUGUGGACUCGUCAUUGCAGGCUUCUUCCAGCUCAUUAUUGCGGUCGUAUACGACAGGAAUCCAGGCCAAAUCGUCACAGGCAAAGUUCUGGUUGGACUUUCGUGCUUGUAUAUGAUGGCAUACAAUGGAAUGAUUGCGCCGUAUUCAUGGCUAGUCGCCGGUGAGAUUCCAUCACAACGCCUCCGCAGCUAUACUUUCGGCCUCGCUGCUGCUGCCGGAUUUCUCGGUGCUUGGCUUAUAACCUUCACGGCCCCAUACUUCAUCAACCCAAGCGCAUUGAACUGGGGACCCAGAUACGGCUACAUCUGGUUUCCGUCGUGCAUGGUCUGUGUUGUUUGGGUUUACUUUUACUUGCCUGAGGUUAAAGGCCGCACUUUGGAGGAGAUCGAUGCCAUGUUCAACGAGAGAAUCCCUGCAAGAAAGUUUGGAGUUUACGAAAUGCCCCGGAGAGUGGUUGAAGACGAUAUGGGAAAGGCGAGCAUCGAACUCCGGGUCACGGAGACUGAGAGGGUAUAG